AUGGACACCCUGCUGCAGCAGGUGGUGGCAAAUUGUUCUGAAUCCAGGGUCAGCGAGGUGCUGGAGAUGAUAUUCCAGCUGCUGAUAAACUUUUCCAACUGUGAGAGGCCCGAGGUUCGGAAGAGGGCAGUGGGCAGGAUCCGCGGCCUCAGCCGCUUCCUGACCGCUUCUUUCUGGGGGAAAGACGAUCAAACCAGGGAGAACCAGGAAUUCCAGAUCCCAAACUUUGGGGAGCUGCUGGGCCAGCUUGUCCUGCUGCUGUCCUUCAAGGAGAAAGAGGAGGACACCAGUGCCAUGGCCUUAGAUGCUCUGUGGUGCUUCUUCAUCGAAAAGCACCAGAAAUGCACAACCCUGCCCGAGGACCAGGAAGAACUCCGACAGGACUGGGAAGUCCAAACUGCUGCCCCCUCCUGCUCUGAGGUUGCCAGAACUGUUACUGAGAUGUUCUCAGGGUUCCUGAAGCCCUCAGAAAGGACAGGUUUCAUCCUGAGGGUCAUGGAGGGGAUGCAAUCCUUCACCAUCUAUGACAAGGAGCUGGUGGGCAGCGUCCUGCUUGGGAUCACAGGAGAGUCAGUGCGCUGGAUCGUGGAUAUGCCCAGGGUCCUGACCUCCCUCUACCAGACCCUCUGUUCCAUCCGUUGGGACUCAGCCCGGCAGGGAGUGCGCUCUCUGCUCCUCAAGCUGCUGGAGCAGAACCCUGAGGAUGCAGUCAAGCUGCUGCUGGACACUGCUCCUCCAGGAGACCGCUCUGGGCUAGAUAUGUGGGAGAUGCUGCUCACCAAGCCCUGGGCUGUGGAUCUGGUUUUGGUGGAGCUGCACAAGCAGCUCCAGCUCAGGCACCAGAAUUUGCUUUUCUCCACCCUCUCCGAGGACAUUUCUUGCCUGGCUCUCCUGUCCACCAUGUACCUGUCCCAGGAAUUCUUUGCCCAGGCCUACACCUUCUGGAGGUUCCUGAAGGACCAGACCCAGGACGUGCUCUCUGUGGCACUCGUUGGCAUGGCCACCCUGUCUGAGACUCCUGAGAUGGCCUGGAAGCUGAAGGUGCUGCUGCCAGACCUGCUGGAGGUGCUGGAGCAGGGGGCUGAGGAUGUUCAGCUGAAGGCCCUCAAGAUUUUCAGGAAUGUGCUGAGGGAACUGAGCAGGAAGGAGGUGACUGCCAUGGCUCCAGAGCUGCUGGACAAGCUCCUGCCUCUGUUUGGAAACGAGAUGCUGAGUGACCUGAGGGAAUUCUCCCUCCAGCUCUUCACAGAGCUGCUGCAGAAAGUGUCUGGGAGGAGGGAGCUGAAGUGGAGGAGGGAGCUGAAGUGGAGGAGGGAGCUGAAGCAGCGAGUGAGACGGGGGCUCUUCCACCUCUGGCUCCACAUGAGGGAUGAGAGCCCCAACGUGGCCCAGAAAAGCAGAGGAAAAGGAGGGGGGUGGCAUCUCCCAAGCUCUGGUGUCCUGCAGGCCUCCAGCCAAGCCCUGCUGGCUGCUGCAGAGCUGCUCCAGUGGCAGCAGCUCCAGGACCUGGUGCUGACAGAGCAGACCUGGAGGAUUGGGGAGUGCUUGCUGCAGCAGGGCAGGAGCAUAGCUGAGGAAUACCUGGAGCAGAGCCUGGGAUACCUGGAGGAUGCUCAGGACACCCUGAGGUUGGAAGCCAUCAGGUUCCUGGGCCUUGCUGCUCGGGGCCAAAGCCAUCAGAAGCUCUCAGAGCUGAUUAGUGCACUUUACCCCCUGGAGCACGAUUGCAUCCCCUCCAUCCGCUGCCUGGCGACUCAGACCAUGUUCACCCUGGGCUCCCUCAGGGGGAAGGAAAAAUGGAAAAAAACCAAAAGGUUCUGGUGCUGCUGAGCCCGGAGCAGCUCCAGCUUUUCCCCAGGAAAAUUCCUCCUCUUCCCUGGGAACAAUCCUCUGCUGACACUCCAGGAUUCCACCUCCUGGAAAAGGGAAGAGGGGGAGAAUCCUGGCGACUCCAUUGCCCUGUUGAUUUGUUCAUAUUGUCCAUAAUUAGGAGUUUUUUUCCUGUUUCUUGUUCCUGUUCUUGUUUCAAUAAAGUUGUGAAGUUCAGU